AUGGUAGCUGAUCAAAGGGAUGAUCAUACACAUCUUCCUUUGCAUGGGAUCUUUCACCACGACAUAAAUGAUGAAGAAGUGCAGAAUAAUAAUCAAAAGAGGUGGAGGACUUUGCGGCAAGAUGUUAACAGACAAGGGGCUGUUGUUGUUCAAGGAAUAAGAGCUGUGGAAGAGGAAUUUACACGGCGUAGGUCAAAACAGGAAUAUUCUGAUGAUGAGAGUAGUGAUGUGCAGCAGGAGAAGAGACUUGAUAGGAUUAGUUGGAUAACUGAGAUAGAGGACCUGGAAGAACCUCAUUCUGUUGCUCCAUUAUGUUUUGAUACGGAUCUUUGGGACUACUCGGAACUAGCUAGCGCUAAUGCAGGGCUUAAAACUUUGGACGAUUCAAGUACUGGAAGUGAACAAAAUAAAAAGGUGGUUACUGCUCAGGAAGCAUACGGCUCUUUGAGGGAGUCUAUAUCUGAAAUUAAGAGCAUUGGGCUGAGCAAUGCCACAGUUGGACUGGAAUUCAAUGUUGAGGACUUUCUCAAGGAAGUAGGAAAAACUUCAGGUAUCAAGGAUCAACCUGCGACAGAUCUGGACAUGUUGCCCAAUUACUUUAGUAAAAGUCAACUUCUACAUCAAUGUUCCGUUUGA